AUGUCUCUGCAGUUAUUCGGUUCCCCCGACGGAUCUGUGCUUUCGCUAGUUAGCAAUCUCAAAGUCUCCAUUGCUGCUGCUGUGUUUUCUCCCGGCUUGCAAUUGGAGGUUGAUACUGAAGGCAAAUCAAAAUUGGCUUUGCAGGUGAGCAACAGUGGUUUCGAACUUAUUGAACCCAACGCAAUUGUGAAAUAUCUUGCUGCUACUAAGAACGGCAACAAUUCUGUUUUUGGAAACCACGAACUUAUCGAUAAGGACGAAAAGAUCCUGUAUCCUGCUCUGAAGUCGAACCAGAUCGACCUUAGCAUCUUGUCUCAGAUUGGAUCAAUCCCCUCUGCCAACGCAGAGGAUGUUUCCCAAAUCAUUAUCUUCUCUUCGCUGUAUCCUCUUUUGAGCAAACAAACUGACACUGAGCUCUCUGGUUGGUUCAAGACGUUCUCUGAAAUUCCUGCUGUGGCUAAGGGCAUAAGCCAUGCAACUAAGGGUCAUGGACCCCAAAGGGUUCCAGAGAAGAACACUGGCAAAGUGAAUGUCGUUGAAGGAUGUGCUGUUGUUCAUUCGGAAGGAAAAUUGAAACCUAAACCAAAUGAAAGAAACAUUUUGAUUACUUCUGCACUUCCAUAUGUGAAUAACGUGCCCCACCUGGGAAAUAUCGUGGGUUCAGUCUUGUCUGCUGACAUAUACGCCCGCUACUGCAAGCGCAGAAACUACAAUGCGAUAUACAUCUGUGGUACUGAUGAGUACGGAACUGCUACGGAGACCAAGGCUUUAGAAGAUAAAGUCACUCCCCAAGAGCUCUGUGACAAAUAUCAUGCUGUUCAUUCUGAUGUCUACAAAUGGUUCCAGAUUGGGUUUGAUCACUUCGGAAGAACGACUACGCCAAAGCAAACCGAGAUUGCACAGGAGAUGUUUUUGAAACUGUACAAUAAUGGAUACUUGGAAGAGAAAGUCAUGAAACAACUUUUCUGUCCCGUCCAUAAAGGGUUCCUAGCUGACAGAUAUGUUGAAGGUGAAUGCCCAAGGUGCCAUUAUGAAGAUGCUAGAGGAGAUCAGUGCGACAAGUGUGGCAACUUGCUUGAUCCAUUUGAGCUUAUCAACCCUCGCUGCAAACUGGAUGGGCACACCCCAGAACCCAGAGAAUCCAACCAUAUUUUUAUAUCGCUAGAUAAGCUGGAGCCGGAGGUUAGAAAGUGGAUUGGCGAGGCUUCGGAAAAGGGCAAGUGGUCCAAGAACUCGAAAACAAUUACAAAUUCCUGGCUCAAAGAAGGACUGCAACCGAGAUGUAUUACUAGAGAUUUAACUUGGGGAACUCCUGUGCCACUCAAAGGAUUUGAGAACAAAGUUCUUUACGUUUGGUUUGAUGCUCCAAUCGGCUAUAUCUCUAUCACGGCGAACUACACCGAUGAGUGGAGGGAUUGGUGGCAAAACCCAGAGCACGUUCAGCUUUACCAGUUCAUGGGCAAGGAUAAUGUGCCAUUCCACACGGUUGUGUUCCCAUCUACAGAGAUUGGUACCAAGGAAAAAUGGACUAUGCUGCACCAUUUGAACACAACCGAAUAUUUGCAGUAUGAAGGAGGCAAGUUCUCCAAAUCUAGAGGUAUUGGUGUUUUCGGUAACAAUGCCGAGGCUACUGGUGUGUCUCCUUCUGUCUGGAGAUACUACUUGGCAUCUGUGAGACCAGAAAACCAAGACUCCCAAUUCUCUUGGUAUGAGUUCGUCACCAGAAACAACAGCGAGCUUUUAGCAAACUUGGGAAAUUUUGUCAACAGAUUGGCUAAGUUUGUUAUUGCCAAAUACAACGGAGUGGUGCCUUCUUUCAGGACUGAGGACUGUCCAGUAUACCCUGAACUUUUGAAGGAUUUGAACUCUCUUGUGAAAACAUAUGUUGAUGACAUGGAGACAGUACAUCUAAGAAAAGGCUUGGAGACCGCUAUGAUGAUCUCCGCUAGAGGCAACCUGUUUUUGCAAGAAAACAAAUUGGAUAACUCCUUAUACAACGAUUUCCCAGAGAAGAGCGACGCGGUUGUUGCUAUCGGACUUAACAUUGUGUAUUUGGUUUCUGCUGUUAUCGCUCCAUAUAUGCCUGAGACAAGCAAGCAAAUAGAGGAAAUUUUGAGAGUUCCCGAGCUCAAAAUUCCGGAUGAGUUUGGUUUGUGGAUCCAACCUGGACACUGUAUUGGAAAGGCCCAAUACCUGUUCAAGAGAAUUGAUGAGAAAAAGAUUGAUGAGUGGAGAAAUUUGUAUGGAGGCCAACAGCAAAAAUGA